AUGCUGCUGGAGCCAAAGCAGCUGGACGUCAUCCCCAUCGCGCAGUACGCGGAGGUUACGGGGGCCUGGGUGACGGACGACGAGCGAGUGCUGCAGGCGCUGGACCCCCUGCACGUCUGGGGAGAGGGGUUCUUGGAGACCCGCCUCAAGUGGCGCCGCACCCAGCCCAUCACGCUGCUCGAGCUCCGCGCGUACACGCUGCAGCCGCCCCUGCCGCUGCCGCGGUCGGAGGAGCUGUUCGGCUGCUUCUCGUGGGUCGGGCUGCCAGGGUUGGGCGGCGCGGACGUGGCAGCGGCGGCGGCGCGCAAGGUGCCGGCGCUGGCUGACGACGCCUUUGUGGAGAAGCAGCAGCUGCUGCGGGAUCUGCUGGCUGGGCUCGAUGCAAGUGUCCUGGAGCUGUGA